GUAUCAAGCUAAACAUCGAUAGAUUUGACAAAAAUGAGAUACGAGUUUAUCAACGAGUUCGUGGUAGAUGCUUCUGCAGAUGACGUUUGGGCAAUCUACAGCUCCCCUAACUUCCCUGCUUUAUCCGUUCAAUUACUUCCAAAUAUCCUCAAAAGCAAGUUUAUCUUGGAAGGCGAUGGCUGUAGCGUUGGUACUAUUUUGUGUGUUGUUCCAGAACAUGCUAGUUUACCGAUGUGCAAGGAGAAGAUUGUGACGGUCGAUCACGAAAAGCGUCUUAAGGAGAUACAUACAAUUGAAGGUGGAUACUUGGCACGGGGAUGCACGUUUUCUAUGUUAAGCUUCGAAAUACUAGUAAAGGAAAAAAGUUCAUGCGUCAUCAAGACAGUUACUAAGUACGAAAUCAAUGACGACUUAGCUACUAGUGCUUCAGGUCAUCUUCACACCUAUCUUGAUGGAUGUGUUACCCUAGCUCGAGGGGUUUCAAAACAUAUCGCAGAGCAAAACGCAGGAGCAGCUAAUUAAGUUGUUGCAAGGCUGAAACUUUUUAUAAUAUGGUUUUCCAUGUCGGAUACUGUAUACUUACACCUUAUGGAACUAUUUAUUAAAAAUCAUCCAGGACAAAGUGAUCUUCAUUGAUGUAUUUCGACAUAUAUAAAUAAACAUGGAAAAAUAUUAUUUAGAAAUACCAGUUACAUCU